UCAGUUUGUGUAGCUCCAUACCAUAGUCUGUUGUUUCGCAGUCGCCCUUGCCUACCGUCGUCCUAGGUCUACUGCGCCUCGAUACCCCAAGUCCGAACAAAGAACCGAAGUCGGCACGGCCCUUGGGGCCCACUGGAGCGCAUAUCUCCCCACCUGUAGAGAUAGGGUCCAAGCUUAUAAAGACGUAUCCGGACACCGGUUACUACUCGAAUCCUUGAAGCUCAAAGAGUGCCAUGCACGACCAUCGGCCGCAGCGACCAGGCCGUCAGUUUGCAAGUGUUGAAGAGGCGCAUCGUCAAGACCAAACUAUGGCCUCUUCACGACCAGUUGCGUCGCUAUCCAGGCCCUCAGAUGAGUCAUGGAUCGAUAUCGCAUCGGGGCCUUCGUCGACCUCUUUAUGUUCUGUCACUGACGAGAUCAUCACGACUGGUCUCACGGUACAGCACGACUCAACACUACACAGGCGGCAGAACAGGCGCUCACGAGGCGGCGGCCAGUUCUCCAUAGGAACCGGACACAGGGUUACAGCGGCAGGGGGAAAUAGCAGCCAGGAAGAGUAUGAAGAGAGCGAGAGCGAGUCGGACCGCGUCAUGACGUCUUCAAAUGAGGCCCUUGGUCUAUCCCCACUGAGACACGACCCUUCGUCCCGAAGCCCACUGUCGGUGGCAUCUUCAGAAACCCUGUCGGACAGAGAAGACGACGACGAGAACGCAACUGCCGUCAACUAUCCACGUUCUACACGACGCGAGUUUCAGCCGCGACCAAACGCCUUCUCACGUCCGAACGCACAACAAGCCAUCCGAUCACACUCUGGCACAUUGUACACGCCUCGUAGAUCUGUGAGGCCAACUGGGCAGCGUCAGCAGUCUUAUCCUCAGCACACUCCCUUCAACGCCGUAGCUCCCAACUAUCAACCCGACCACGAUGAAGCUCUACGCGCUAGCCUGUCGACUUUGUUGUCUGCAGCAGCAGCAGUGCGAGGGCUACCCAAGCCGGGGCAACCACGUACAGCCCCGCCCUCGUCCACUCGAGUCGAUCCGACGUCGCUCCGCAUGGUGCCCGAGUCUGUAGCUUUGGGCAACAUAUCCGAGGAGUCUACCUCAUCCCCACGCAGUACCAGCAGCAGCCCCUCCGAGAAGCCUAAGCGAAAAGCAAAUCCGCCUAUGGCAGCCGCACGAAGUGGCAGCAAGGACCGCCGCGUAGUCAGAAAGGUGCGCAAAUCCGGCCCGCUUAUCGAGGAGAUUAGCCCAACACUGCUCACUUGGGUUGUCAGUGCUGGCGUUGUAGUCCUUGUAAGCGCUAUCGGCUUCUCGGCAGGCUAUGUCGCUGGCAAAGAAGCAGGUCACGCAGAGGCUAUUGGCCAGGUUGGUGCUGCGGGUGUAGACGCUGGACGUUGUGGCAAGGAGGCCGUAUCUGGCAUGAAGGGCACCGGCUUGGGUUUGAGGAAGCUGAGAUGGGGUUCUGGCACAGGCAUUCGUGUCUAAGUGCUUGACGAUAUUCAUGAAACGAUUGCAUGGCAUGCAGCACGCACAAACAUGGGUGGGUUAAGGAUGGCGUUAUUCUAUAUUUUUAUUUUCGCUUUAUACAGUUUGUAAUAUCGAUAUCACGUGGCAUGGCGCUAGAUGGGCGUUUGGCU